AUGGCCCUUAAGCCGCUCCUCCUCUUCCUUUCGACCAUCCACUUCCUCGAUGCCGCCGCUCUCCCUGGCUCAGCGGGAAAAACCGAGCAAGUAAAUCCCGGCUUCGCCUUCGACCAAGUUAUAGGCACCUUUAGCAACCCUAAUUGCAGCGGUGACCCCGUGGGCGGGUGGGACGCAGGCACAUACGCCCCAAACACGCUUAGUGCUGUCCCUACCUGCCUGGACGCCACCAAGUUUUCCGGCGAGUUUAUUGGCAUAAACUGGGGAAGCAAGAAGGGUGAAGAUGGCGGGGCCCAACAGAUGAGGAGUCUCGGCCUUUUCAAGGAUAAGGAUUGUAAGCAGGAUGCGGGGUGGUAUGCGCUGAGGCCUACGACGUGGCCAUUGGGCGAAUCCGAAGCCAGAGCAUGUUUCGCCGUUGAUGAGUUUGGUGGUCCAUAUGGGGGAUUCUUGUUCUGGGGGGCGUUAGUGUUGAAAGAUGGGGAAACGAACUCGUUUCCUAGUGUACCUGGAGCUGUCUCUUAG